AUGAGGUCUACUCAGGUGCUACUGGCACUCAUAGCAGUCGCUAGCACAGCACAAGGUCAAUCUUUUAUCGCUACGACCUCCAACCGAUUUUCAUCAAUCGGAGACGUCGAACCGACAGCUACAGAAACAGUAUCAGGGCCGAUACAAACAGAGCAAGCAUGUGCUCAAGUUGGAGAGCUCAUAUCUGAUUCCAGACUGGAAUUUCCCAGUGUCGAAGCUGAAUUGGCAUACGCAUGUCUCAAGUCCGUUCCCAUCGUGCAAGAAGCCGCGAAUUACACGGUCAACUCAAUAAAGCAAAUGGUCGAGUUCCAAUCGACUUUGACGUAUCUCAAAGACCCACCUACUGGGUGGCCGAACGAAGCGGUAGACCUCAUCGCAGGCCUAAACGACAUUGGCUCAAAAGUCAACGACGGAAAAUACACGAACGAGUAUGACUUCGAAAACGACAUUGCGGCACUAUUUAUUAAAGCUCACGAUGGGCAUCUCAGUUUCAACGGCAUGGUUUAUGGCGGCGCUUUCAGGUGGCGGAGAAAUCUCAACAUCGCAUUGAUUUCCGCGUCCAAGGAUGGGAGUGAGGUGCCUCAAGUUUGGUCUGUUCGCGACUACAACGCUUCCCAAACGGGCUAUGAACCGUCUCCCAUCACCCAGAUUGACGGCCAGGACGUUCAACAAUUCCUUGAAGCAGAGGCGCAGAUGAAUGCCUACCACGACCCAGACACACGGUUCAAUGCUUUGUUCUUCAUGGCUAGUGCUGAGACGUAUGGACUUUUCACGAGCCCAAGAUUCUACCCAGGGCCUACUACAAACGUCACCUACGAAAACGGUACCACAAAUGAGUACACCAAUGCGGCGGUGGUCUUACAAUCCGAGACGUGGUCAAAUAUCUCUAGCCCAGAAGACUUCUACCAGGUAUAUGUAACACCCCAAGAAACGAGCUCAUCAGGAACCAAAGCUAAGAAGAGAGACCCGAACUCACUUCCUUUCCACCUCGAGAACCCUCGCGACCACGAGUUCCAAGGUUACAAUUCGAUCCAGCACGGAUCUGCGCCGCUCAACUACCCGGAUCCUGUUGUGGCCCACUCGGCUGAUCUUGUGCCUCUCGCAGGAUACUUUGUCAAUACCGGAGCUGGUGAAAUCGGUGUCUUCGUCGUGGGGACAUUCAACACAGAAGACGUAGAGGGUGCGCAAGAGUUCCAAGCCGUGACACAAAAGUUCAUUUCUGAAGCCAAGUCUCGCGUCGUCUCACGAAUUGUUAUCGACAUACGUCAGAACGGGGGAGGCAAGAUCCUUUCCGGCUACGACAUGUACAAGCAGUUCUUCCCCAGCCAAGAGCCACAGACCCAGUCCCGCUGGCGUGGAUCCCAAGCAGGCGAACUCUUUGGCAAGUCCAUCUCCUCUUUCAACUCCCUGACCACUCUCAACGCUCCUGUCUACGUCAGCCCAUUCAGUAAAGCUGCGUACACCGAUGCCAAUGGCGCCGAGUUCGGGUCCUGGUCCGACAUGUACCCACCCGUCCAGCACCACGGCGACAAGUUUACUUCGCUCCUGAAGUACAAUCUCUCAGAUCCAUCCACCACAUCCGAUAAAGUCCUCGCAGUCGGCAUCACCAUCACCGGUUACAACGAGCGCUCAAACUUCACCUCGGACCCUUUCCGCGCCGAAGACAUUGUGAUUCUUUCCGACGGUCUCUGCGCCUCGACUUGCGCCAUCUUCCUCGAACUCAUGGUCCAGCAGAGCAACGUACGCACCAUUGCCGUCGGCGGACGCCCCACGCGCGGUCCCAUGGUGGCCGUCGGCGGCACAAAGGGCACGCUAGUAACGCCCUCGGAGUUCCUGCAAGCCAUGUCCAUAUACGUAGCCAGUCAGUUCGCGACCAGCCGCCAACAGCUGAGCGACUGGGCAAGCUUCAUGCCCAAUGCUUUUGCCAUUGCCGUUUCGGACGCGAGUGUCAACUUCCAGGAUAGCAUCAGAAAGGGCAAGGAGGGCAGCGGCGUACCAACGCAGUUUCUGAAUGAUACGGCGAAUUGCCGCAUCUGGUAUGAGCCUCGCAUGUAUCUCAACGUGAGCAGUCUGUGGGAGAAGACGGCUGAGGUCGCGUGGGGAAAAAACGGCGCGCUGGAUGAGGGUGCGUGCGUGAGCGGCAGUGUGACGAGUAGGGAGCAGCAGACGGGUGGUGGCCAGGGGAACCCGAGUGGAACCCAGGACGAAGCUGCGGGAUCUAGCGAGAGCAAGGAUGCUGCGGCUGGAUUGCGGCCGAGCGGUGAGGGGUGGACUGCCAUUGUGGUUUGCGGCGCUGUGGUGUUGAGCUCAAUGGGUGUGGGGAUGGGGAUUGUCUGGUGA